AUGGGGUCUGGAGAAGAGAGCACACCUGCUAAACCUUCCAAACAUACUUCUUCAACUCAGGAGACACCAACAACACCUUCUUAUCCUGAUUGGUCAAGCUCUAUGCAGGCUUAUUAUGGUGCUGGAGCUACUCCCCCCUUUUUUGGCUCAACUGUUGCUUCUCCCACUCCCCAUCCGUAUAUGUGGGGAAGCCAGCAUCCUUUAAUGCCACCAUAUGGGACCCCUAUCCCAUAUCCUGCUUUAUAUCCUCCUGGGGGAAUUUAUGUCCAUCCUAAUUUGGCCGUGAUAUCAAGCACAGCACAGACAAACCCCGAAUCUGAAGGUAAAGCCACCGAGGGGAAGGACCGGGCUUCAAACAAAAAACCCAAGGUAGCUUCAGGAAAUGCUGGCUUGAAUGGUGGCAGGGUUGGAGAAAUUGGGAAUGGAGCUUCAGGUUCAGGAAAUGAUGGUACAACUCAAAGGUUUGCUAACCUAAAUUUAGUGCUAGAUUAUUUGUUUUCUUUGCAUGUUUUCAGAUUACUUCCAGUCUUCAUUGCCUUUUUUGAGCCAAGGCGUAUCCCUUGUUUUUGA